AUGUACACCACCCUCCUGGCAGUUUUGCCAUUGCUCUUGACGCCGGUCGUCGAGUCUGCGUCGGUCCCCCUCAACAACCGCGCAGACAUCAAGGUCGCCGGGCGCGCCAUCCCCGAGGCCAACCGUCGCCUGGUGCGACGAGUCGUUCGCCGUGGCGGUGACUCUUCCAACUGUGGCAACUCUACUGGAGUUGACAACGGAGGCAAGGAGCACCAGCACAAGCCGUCGAAGACCAAGACGAGGCCUCACUGGAAGCCUAAGCCCACUGGCGGCCACAACCACGGCGGCGACGACGACGAUGACGACGAUGAUGACGACGACGAUGAGGACUGGAAUGACGGAGACGACGGCGAUGAUGACGACGAUGACAAGCCCACCAAGACUACCAAGACGGAUGACUGGAACAAGCCGACUGACUCGUCGUCCAGCUCUUCUUCUUCCUCUACUACCGUCUGGUGGACUUCGCAGACGACUCCCUGGUGGACCACUUCAUCUGAGACCGCCACGGCGUCGUCUUCCUCGUCCUGCGGUGAGUGGGACUGGGACUGCCAUCACCGCUCGUCUGCUACCCCGACUGCGUCGGCGACCUCGUCCUGUGCCGCUUGGGAUUGGGACUGUCUCCACGCUUCCUCCGCUACCCCGACUGCGUCGGCAACCUCGUCCUGCGCUGAGUGGGACUGGGACUGCCUGCACGCCUCGUCCUCGACCUCAGCGUCUGCUACGACUACUUCUUCCGGCAACCCACCCGAGUCCACUUCGCAGUGGCAGCUCGUCACCAAGAUUGCCGGCAACGAGUUCUUCGACCCGAAGCACUGGUGGUUCUGGAGCUUUGACGACCCGACCCAUGGCGAUGUUCACUACGUUGACGCCGGCACUGCUUGGAACGACGGUCUCGUUUCCAUCAAUGAGCGCGGCAACGCUGUCAUGAAGGUCGACACGACUCCUUACCGCGAGAAGGGCAAGCGCAAGUCUGUGCGUAUCCACGGUACGCGUGUCUUCACCGGUGGCAUGGUUCUCAUGGACGCUGUUCACAUGCCGACUGGAUGCGGUACUUGGCCCGCCUGGUGGCAGAACGGCCCGAACUGGCCUCACGGCGGUGAGAUUGACAUUCUGGAGGGAGUCAACGACAACACCCAGAACCAGGUCUCGCUGCACACUGGUCCCGGCUGCACGAUGCCCGGCAACUUUGAGAGCGGCCAGAAGGGUGUUCUUCACCGUGGCAACGGCGACUUUGACGCAUUCAACUGUGGAUCUGCCGCCACGUUCAACCAGGGAUGCGGCGUCCUCGACCAGUCGAGCGACGCUUCGUACGGCGAGUCGUUCAACAAUGCGAACGGUGGUGUUUACGCCCUUGUCUGGGCCGACUAUGCCAUCCAGGUCUACUUCUUCAAGCGUUCAGACAUUCCCCAGGACAUCAAGGACGGUUCGCCCAACCCUGACAACUGGGGCACGCCUGUCGCCAACUUCCCGACGACGUCGUGCUCACCGUACGAGGCGUUCUACGAUAACUUCAACAUUUUCGACACGACGCUGUGCGGAGACUGGGCUGGCUCGGAGGGCGCGUGGUCGUCUUGCCGCGCCAAGACUGGCUACGCGACGUGCUCCGAGUAUGUCGCCAAUGAGGGUGCCUCGUUCAAGGACGCGUACUGGGAGGUUGUCUCGGUUACGUACUACAACUCUACCAACAUCUACUAA